AUGCUCUAUUUCAUUACACCCGAGUAUGAGCGCAAUCAGUGGCGACCCUUUGACUUGGGAUUAAUCCGACUCAACACUGCUAUACCAUUGGACGGGACGUCAGGUGUGACGGGAAUUAACGCCAUUUGUUUGCCCGAAGAGUGGCUCGUAAAUGAGGAGAAAGAGUACGUAAUAUUGAAUGGUUUCGGUUUCGCUGACAAUAACGGUAUGGGUUCGGGAGUACAACGCAUUGGCUUUGCACGCAUUGAGAAGGCAUACAUCGAUCCCAACAAUACUUUGCAACGAAAUGCCGCGCUUUACGCCCGACGCAUACCAUUCCCAACUGGUUCGGCCACAUGUAAGGGUGAUUCUGGCAGUCCCAUUGUACAGUAUGUUAAUGGCGUGGCUGUUGUUAUCGGCAUCAUAUCCGGCAGUGACAAAAAUCCGGGCAAGUUUUGUGUGGCCUUUUUCAAGAAGUUUACGAGCGUUGAAAGUGGGCCAACACUGGGCGCCGAAAUCUAUUGGCUAACCCCUGAGUUGAGACAGUGGUUAAAACAGUAUCGACAGGUGCCCGACGUUAAUGGUGUCCUCAUCUAUGACUUCUUGGAUGAUAAUAAUGAUCAUUGGGCUAAUACAGGUGUCCGGAGGUAUGACGUGAUUACUGCCAUCAAUGGAUCAGAUGUGCGAUCGCUGGACGACUUGUAUCAGGCCGUCGAUGAGCUCAAGAUAUCGGGUGUAAUGAAUGUCGUGGUAAACUCUGAUGGAGUGGUCAGACGGCUAGUACUUCAGCCGACGGUCGGCCCACAGAUCGCGCCCUCUGUUUGUGUUUAA